CAGCUGCCGACCUCAUCUGUUGUUUGCCCCUUUCCCUUUGGCUGCUGGAUGGGAUGCAGCGCUGCUGCUUUGUGCUCUUUCGACCCUGUUAAAUCCUUUGGGUUUUGUGCUUGAAAGUGAUGUGAUUUUGAUGGAUCUCCGUCCACGUGUGCUUUGCUGAUGCUUUUCAUCGCUGUCCUUUGAGUCACGCUUUCAGAUGAAAAACAGGAACUGAAGGAGCGUGGAAGUCACCUUCAGAUGGUCCCCACAGAGCAGGCAGCGGGGUGAUGGGAUAACUGAGAAAGUCUUGGGGGCUGCAAAUGGGGACCAGUGGGAACAGCCCCAUCCCAGUGCAGGUGUGCGAGGCAGCAGCCUGCAAGGGCAGAGACAAACCUUGCUUUGUUCUAAUGGAUGUUGUUACCCAAUCUGGAGCACGCAGGUGGAGAUGCUCAGUGCAAAAAGCACCACCCUGCAUGGUGGAUGAGCAGCUGCCUUCCCUCCUCCUGUUUGCCCUCUUUCUGUCUUCUUCCUGCACUAAUUAAUCUCAUCUGCAUUGCUUAAUGGCUGGUCUGGGAGGGGAGAGGAAGGAAGGAAGGAGGGUUUGCAGCCAGAGCUGGAGCCUGUCCUCAGAGCUGCUGGUAGGAGCCUGGCAUGGCUCAUCACCGUGUCCCAGCGUCACAAGGGCUCAGCUCUGCGUGAGCCGCUGAGGCAGGCGUGGAUCUGCAGGAUGAGCAGAGCUGCAGGCAGAGCCUAGGUGCCCCAUCAGCAGCAGAUGGACGCUGACACCAUGGAGGUGGCCAACACCAGGGAUUUCCAAUGGAAGACCCUCGCCCCGCUGCCGAGCCGCCGGGUUUAUUCCACGCUGGUGGAAGUGGGUGGGCAGGUGUUUGCCAUCGGGGGCUGCGAUGACAACGGUGUCCCCAUGGAUUGUUUUGAGGUCUAUUCCCCCGAGGCUGACCAAUGGACGUCACUGCCCCCCAUGCCCACUGCCAGGGCCGGGGUGGCGGUGGCCACGUUGGGCAAAAGGAUCAUGGUGAUCGGGGGCGUGGGGGCCAACCAAGCGCCGCUGAAGAUCGUGGAGAUGUACAACGUGGAUGAAGGCAAGUGGAAGAAGAGGAAUUCGCUGAGGGAGGCGGCCAUGGGCAUCUCGGUGACGGCAAAAGACUACAGAGUGUAUGCAGCUGGUGGGAUGGGAGCUGACCUACGACCACACAACUACCUGCAGCACUACGACAUGCUGAAGGACAUCUGGGUGUCCCUGGCAGCCAUGCCCACAGCACGGUAUGCAGCCACCUCCUUCCUGCGGGGCACCAAGAUCUACGUGCUGGGGGGAAGGCAGUCCAAGUACGCCAUCAACGCCUUCGAGGUCUUUGACACCGAGACCAGAUCGUGGACCAAGUUUCCCAAUAUCCCCAAUAAAAGAGCUUUCUCCAGCUUCGUGCCCACCGAAGACAAACUGUUCAGUCUUGGGGGCCUGCGGCAGGGCCGGCUCUACAGGCAGCCCAAGUUCAUGAGGACUGUGGAUGUGUUUGACUUUGAGCAAGGUGGCUGGAUGAAGAUGGAGCGCUCCUUCUACCUGAAGAAACGGCGAGCAGACUUUGUGGCUGGCUACCUGAAAGGCAGAGUCGUCGUGGCUGGGGGACUGGGAAACCAGCCGACCGUCCUGGAGUCUGCAGAAGCUUUCCACCCUGAGAAGAACAAAUGGGAGAGCUUGCCCCCCAUGCCCACCCCACGCUGCGCCUGCUCCAGCAUCGUGCUCAGGGGCUGCCUGAUGCUAGCAGUUGGUGGGGUGAGCCAGGGGUUGAGCAGCGCGGUGGAAGCCCUCUGCCUUUCUGACUCCUAG